AUGGAUCAGCCUGGCUCUCUUGAGGACUUAGAAACUGCCGGUAGUGCCUUCAGGCUUCUGUCAGAGGCCCCAGACGCGAGUGUGUGUUCUGUCGACGCAGAGCAAACUUUGCAAGAUGAUCUUGUCCCCUGGAACCCGAAUCCUGAUUUCUCAAGCGACAGGGAGUGCAUCAGCUCACAUCGGGAGCCAUCCGAGCUUGCAGUAGAGUCAGAGCUUGCUGAUGCCUUCUUUGAAGGUGGUAUUGGCUUGAGUUCUGAAUCGGUGCCCGUGCUUCCUGCGGUACUCAGUGGCAUCGAGCAUAACCCGCAAGGUUAUAGGAACCUCUUGCGCUCGUCGCACCUUGGCCUUCGUGAUGAGCUUCCGAAGUUUCCUUGGGAUGAAGGAUUUUGGAGCGACUUCUUCAAGCCUGUUGUGACGACUGACGACCUCUUGUCUUUUCCCAGGUUUGAUAGGUUAAGCCCUCCGGUGGAGUUCCUGCAAGAGGCUUUAGAGGCGGAUGAGCUGCCUGGGCCUAAACGCGCUCGCAAAGCUGUUACAGUCACCUUCGAGCGAGUUGUGUUAAAUCGUGCCGUGAUCUCCUGGAGAGAUCAGCGAGAAGCCGACUUGAGCAGAGCGCUUAUCAAGUGGUGUAGAGUUUUUGCAAGCUGGGACAGUGAAUCUUCCCCUGUCACCCGUCAGCUUCAGGAAGCCGCCUCGCCUGAGGCCUGUCAUGACCUCCUGGGAGAUUAUUUGGCCCGCAAAGCUCCCAGUACAUGUCUCAAGCGUGCAAAUAGCAUGUUGAUGUUGGGCAAGUCUGUAGCUUCCGAAGGCUUGACAAUGCCCAUGCAGGAGCCUUCUCUUUACUCGAUUUUGAGAGAUUGCAAAACCGGUGGUGCAUCCUUGUCAGCUUUGCGAGGCAUCAUGGAGGCGUGCACUUCCCAUGCGGGAGGUGAAGUCAUGAGUGUCAAAUCGGGAUCUUUUGAGAUAGUUCCGGAAGACAUCUCCGAAGUCAAUCCCGAUGACGGCCGCGUGAGCCAGCUCAAAAGACUUCAUUUCGAAUCCUCGACUUUGGUCAUUGCCCAGUUGCGCGCACUCGUAGAAGGGGAUUCAACAGAUGCUGGAAAAAGACUUCCGGCAGCGGAGAAAUCCGCCCGACUUGCGGAUGCCAAGAGGCGUUUGAAAGGCCUUGUCAUCGAGGAUGAGAUGGAGCCUAGUCAUGCCCUCAUUGAUGCAGUUUCCCACAUGGGCGAGUCGAAUGCGGUGGUUUGGAUCCCACCGUCGAAGUGCACUAAGAGGGAUGCCGAACUCAAGCUAGGGCUUCGCGACAAGCAAAAGUACUUGACUGUUCAGGAGCAAUCAGUCACCUUGGCCCCGGCUCCAGAUAAAAUCGUCGCUGAGCAUGGGACUCCCUUGGAGGUCCAAUGGUGUCUCCAGCGCCGAGGCUUGGCUUUCUUCAUGUGCGGCUUCAUGGAGUGGGAGACUCACGAGAAGUGGGUCGCGUCUCUGCUUAGAUGUUUGUCAUCGGAUGUCAAGCGUGUCAAACCUGACAGCAGUGGUGUGAUGGAGAUGGAUGUUCUUAUGAAUCGGCACCGUGACCUCAGGAAUCUUCCUGGGUCCUUGAAUGGCGUUGACUUGCUGGUCUCAGCAGGGCCCGUCACGUUUGAUGCGACGGUAGAGCAUGAAACUUUAGACUGGACCAACGGUGUUACCGAUGCACCUGCCUCGGUUCCUGCACUCAGCCAUACGACCACAGCUGCUUCUGAUACUGCCGAUGAGCUUGCGGUGCUCCUGGAGGUGAUUUCCGAGCACGCAGGUGCUACGUCAUUGGUGCAGUUCACUGUCCCGUGCUUGAGUACCUUCUUCACGUCAAAGACUGGAUCAUGGAGUUUCGCCGAGUUGCUGGUGGAUGCUGUCUUUCAGCUUUGCUCGCAUUGCAGGGCAGUGGGAGUUCCUUUUGCGAUUCUGCACCCUGCUACGUCGCGCUUCUGGCACAUGCCGUCUUGCCAACACUUCUUCCAAACUGCAGACGGUGAAUGGACUACAUUUGACCAAUGCAUGCAUGGAGGGGCCCAGGUCGAUGAUGUCUUGUCGAGCCCCUGGACAUGGUCCACUAAGCAUUGCAAGCACGAUGCGCACACACCAACAAAGGAUUUCUCUGAUGUCUGCGGCUUAUUGCCUCCGACUGAGCAUUCUCCAGUGCUUGAAGUUGUAUGGAUUGGCAUUCCCCGUGAACCGGAUGACUUUUUACGUCGAGCUGUGGCAGCCGGUCACCCAAAAUCCCUUCUUGAUGUCGAAGCCGAUCCGCACAUGACCUUGCUGAUAGACAACCUUCUGAACAGUAAUGUCAAACAGCCAGACAAAGGUUUGCAUGAAGUUCAGCGUUGGACCGAGCUACGGUCGGACCUCUCCGAAUCCCAGGAUGUGUGCAAAAAGGAGUGGCCCAUCCAUGUGGCGCAGGUUCUGGAUGCAAAGCCAACUCUGUUGAUGGACGAAUUGCUCACCCAGCACGACUUUCCAGAUCGCCACCUUGUGAAGCACAUGACGCAGGGGUUUAGGCUUACGGGCUGGGUUUGUAGAUCGGGUCUUUUUCCCUUUGACCCUAAGCCUCCCGCCUCCACCUUAAAAAGUCAGCUCUCCAUGGCCAAGUCCAGAAACACCGCCACCUUGACGAAGCUCUCCAAACAGGCUCCUGAUGAGGUGUCUCGUCGUGCCUGGGCUGAAACGCUUGAAGAAGUUGACAAAGGUUGGAUUGAGGAAGACGAAAACCCAGAUCUUUCUACGGUCCUUGUUGCCAAGCGGUUUGGGCUUUUACAAGGUCCAAAGGUCAGAGUCAUAGACGACUGCCGUGCUUGUGCUUACAACUUGUUAGCAGGCAUCCCUGAGAAAUACAGAUUACAGAGCGUCGAAUACAUCGCUGCCUUCCUCUUGCGAGCCAUGCUUGACCCUCGCAGCAAAGGCGUUAGCAUCUCAGGGAAGACACUUGAUCUGACUGCGGCGUACAAACAGUACGCCACACAUCCCUUCGAUCGUGACCUUUUAAGGAUUGGCGUUAAAGACACUGCAAGCGGACGCGUUCGCACUUUCAAAGUGAAUUCCUUGCCUUUCGGAGCGACGGGUAGUGUGUCAAGCUUUCUCCGAUGUGCAGCUGCGAUCUGGUUCUUGGGAUCCCACGCAUUGGGAAUCCCAUGGACCAACUAUUUUGACGAUUUCCCGAUCUUCUCCAAAGAUUCCGACUGCGACCUAGUGGAAGAAGUAGCCACCAGUUUUCUCGACCUUCUGCACUUGUACUUUGCACGCGCUGGCAAGAAAGCCACUGUGUUUGCAAAGGCUUUCAAAGCGCUCGGCCUUAUCAUCGAUUUGAGCCAUUUCGGCGAAGGAUAUGUGACCAUCGGUCAUACUCAAGAACGUGGGGAUGAGCUGCGUGCGACAAUCACCCGCAUUCUUGAGUCCAACCGCCUUUCGCACGCUGAAGCCGAAAGCUUGCGAGGCAGGCUCCACUGGUACACUUCCUUUCUUUUUGGACGCAGAUCUUCUCAAGCUUUGAACGUCCUGAGCGACUGGGUAAAUCGAAGUGCAUCAAAAGGCACUCUGCCUACGGAACUCCGAGAGUCCCUCAUGUUCCUCAGGGACGUAGCUCUCCAUUCUGAGCCGCUGAAAAUUUCGAGGAGUUUGCAGCGAACUUUCUUGAUUUUUACUGACGGCAGCCUGGAGGGAAACUUUGCUUGUGUGGGAGGCAUUCUGCACGAUAGUCAAGGCGUGCCCCUAGCCUUUUUCUCGGUCAAGCUGAACCAAGCAUAUCCAUGA